AUGGAAGUCAUGUUCAGGAUCUACACAAAGCCUUGCAAAUCUCUAACUCUGGGGCCCUACAGACAUUCCAUCACACUAAGAGAAGCAGAUUGCAGCCUCACCAACCCAGCCAAACCCAGCAGAGCAAAGGUGAUGCUGGACUCUAGCCCAGGCUAUGAUCCACACUACAAGGGACAGGGCAUCACUGGUGAAGGAGAAGCACAGCGAUAUUUUGAUCACGCUCUUACUCUGAGGAAUACAAUACUGUUUCUACGUCACAACAAAGACCUAGUUGCACAAACUGCACAGCCAGACCAACCCAAUUAUGGUUUUCCUCUGGAUCUCUUGCGCUGUGAAAGCCUUCUUGGUUUAGACCCUGCCACCUGCAGCAGAGUUCUGAACAAGAAUUACACACUGCUUGUCUCCAUGGCGCCUCUCACCAAUGAAAUCUGGCCCAUCAGCAGCUGCACCCCUCAGCAUAUUGGACCAGCUAUUCCAGAAGUUAGUUCUGUUUGGUUUAAACUGUACAUUUAUCAUAUCACUGGACAAGGACCGCCAUCUCUCUUACUAUCCAAAGGUACAAGACUUCGAAAACUGCCAGAUAUAUUUCAGGGUUAUGAUCGGUUACUAAUAACAUCUUGGGGUCAUGAUCCUGGAGUAGUUCCUACAUCAAAUGUGCUUACAAUGUUGAAUGAUGCUUUAACACAUUCUGCAGUUUUAAUUCAGGGACAUGGUUUGCAUGGGGUAGGAGAAACUGUCCAUAUACCAUUUCCAUUUGAUGAAACAGAACUACAAGGAGAGUUCACUCGUGUCAGUAUGGGUGUUCAUAAAGCAUUGCAAAUAUUAAGGAACAAGGUGGACUUGCAGCAUUUCUGUGGCUACAUCACCAUGUUGAAUGCUUCUAGCCAACUUGCAAGUAGAAAACUCAGUGAUGCUUCUGAUGAGAGAGAACCUGAUUUAGCUUCUGGCUCAGAUGUGAAUGGGAGUACAGAGUCAUUUGAAAUGGUCAUUGAGGAAGCAACUAUGGAUUCAGCCACAAAGCAAAACUCUGGUAUCACAACAGAGGCAGACUGGGUUCCUCUUGAACUAUGCUUUGGAAUUCCACUGUUCAGUUCAGAAUUAAACCGGAAAGUUUGUAGGAAAAUUGCAACACAUGGCCUUUGCAGAAAAGAAAGCCUUCAGAACCUCUUGCAUUCCAGUAGGAAACUCUCUUUACAAGUCCUUAACUUCGUUCACUCAUUCCAGGAAGGUGCUUCAACAUUGGAUAUUCAGACAGAGCCCAGUUUUUCAAGUUUGAUUUCACAGUCAUCCUGUGGCGAUAUGGGAGUUCCACUUCCUGCAAAAAACUUAGUAUUUCAAGACGGCACCUUAUCAGAAUGGAGUGGGCGGUCGCCUUCUUCACUUCUUGUUGCUAAUCUCCAUUUGCAAUAAUUUGGUUACACCAUUUGUUGCCCACACUUUCUGCCUUUUUUUCCUCCUUGACGUUAGCUUUAUAGUGUCAGCUACUAAAAAGCAUCCUGCUGCUACAGUGCGGUCCUUGCUUACCUGAGACUCAGAGUUUGGGGAACAUGUUCAUGUUUUCUGAAGUUUUGUUCAUUAUUGCACCUCUUGUUGCAACAAAGUGCUUUUUAGCAGCCAGCACUGUAUUUUUUACCUUGAGACAAUCUGCAUUUCUUUUAUAAAACUACAAAUAUACUUUAUAGGCUUUAUGAUGACUGUUAUGUUUAUAAGCAGUCACUAUGAAUAUUGCAAUGGUAAUUUUAUAUGUUAGUUUAUCAAACAUAAAUCUUGUUUAAUUUUAUAUUUUGUUACCUACAGUUUAUGGGAUCAAAGGAAGAGAUGGAACUCUUCCUCUGAAAGGCUUCUUGGUACUCGUGGUAGUAAAACUAUAAAACAAUAAGCAUCCAGUACUGAGAGAUGAGAUGACGGGGCAUUAAGAAUUCCUGUGGAUGUCUGUAAAUUAUGUAUGUCAGUUGACCAUUGUUGAAGACACGUAGAUCAGUAUAGUCACGUAUAACAUAACCUUGGUUUCUGAGGUCUUAACUCAGAUGAUGACUCUUCGUUGACAUCUCAUGAGAAGCUUUGGAAAACAUUCUAUUUUUAAACAGUGUUUAUAUGUGGACUUCUGUUGUCACUCACUUUGGGCUUUAUAUUUUCAUAGAGUCUUUAUGGAAAAAAAUGGAAUUCAUUUUCCACUCUUAUAGCUGCAGCUGUUGCACGUUUUCAUCCUGAUUUGUUUGUAGUAUUACCAACGAAUUGUUAUAGAAAUUGAAUCUGAUGUUUUCAAACCAAGGAUUGUGAUUUUGCGUAGAAUCACACGUCAGAAGCACUAAGGCUGUGUCUUCGGAUCAGAACACUUUAGUGCGAAACCUGCGUUGAAGACAGAUUCUUAGGCAGUCUGGAUAUUAAAGGUAUUUGGAUGAAGUGAUACAUUGAAUCUCUUUCAAGGCAUUUCUUAAGUCAUUGGUUCUUUCAAUAUCUCAAAUGUUAAUUAGAAUAAUUGGAAUCACUUUUCGACAUGUCAAGUUACCUUCCUUGGGAAGUUUGUGCAGUGUUAUAGUUUAGCUCCUUUUGUAGGGUAAUGGUUUGCUAGUUUAAAACUGUUAACUAAACUAACUGAUCAAACAACAUUGUAUCUAAAAUACUAAAGCACUAAAAAAAUUGGGAAUGUUAUAACCUAACCAUUUUGGCUGGCAAUUUUUGUUAUUUAUAGAAGUGAUAUUUGUGUAUUUAACAUACUUCUGGAAAUAUAUGCCUUUCUUAAAACUGUUAAUAUAACCAUGCAUUCAAUGGCCUAUCUGUAGAACUGAGUAUUUUGGACCAGGUUACCUGUGGCACAGUCAGUGCUGUGUUGGGGGGGUUGAAUACAGUAACGUUUAGUUUUCUACUUUAUCUCAUAUAAGGUAGAAACCAUGUGUAUGUUGUUUGUCUAUAAAAGGAGAAAUGCAUAUUAAUAUUAAAAUACUUUCUUAUGACUGUGAAUCACUCAUUUAUUUUUCCAAUAAUUGAUAUUGUACAUUCCUAGUGCUCUUAGGUAUGUAUGUAUGUAUGUAUGUAACUUUUAUAGGUCUUCAACUGAAAGUUGUAAUUAUUUCUUUUGAUCAGGGCCCUAUAAUCUCAUUUUAAUUUGCUUUAUUUGAGUUAACCGUAGUUUAUUUAUUCUUGUAUUAACAGUAUAAGCCAACUGUAAUGAUAUGCCCACUAAUAAAGAGUUGAACAUUGGUAGUUGUUGGCAGUAAACCUAAUUGUUGGUGAGUUUAAAGCUUAAAACACAAGAGUGGUUUGAUGCUAUAUUUCCUUUGAGUGGUAAUGGAAUAAGAAGCUGAACCUGACCCUGAUCAUGGAUUUUAGGGAAAGUGGUUAGAAAACACAAGGUCACCCCUGGUUUCUGGUGCUGAAUGACGACACAGUGACCAUCCGAUUCCCAGCUGGAGCCCCCUGUGCUCUUAAGGAGGGGGAGUCUGCAUUUUUAGAGCUAUUAGAAAGCGUGAAAAGCUGAUGUUUGUCUUUGCUUUAUGAAUUUGGAUUUGUUUCCUUCAAAUAUUAGCUCAUGUAAAGGAUGCAUCCCUUACCUCUUCCAAGUGUUGAUCCAAUCCAACAAAAACAUAAAUUUAAGAUAUGGACUGUUAUUUGCCAAAGAUUAUUCAUGAAACAAAAUUUGCCAAUGUUUAAUUUCAUUUGGCUUUGUGCUGCCUCCCCUCCUUUCUUCCCUCACCUCCUAAAACAGCUUAAACCAUGGCAAACAUUAUUAAGUAAUCAAGAGGAAAAAAAUUAUCAAAAAGGGCAUACUUAUAGAUUCUAGUAUGGUACAAUUUCACCUCUCAAAUAAGUCUAAAGAAAUUCAACUUUUAUAUCAUUAAAAAAUAGGAUCAUCUGAUAUCUUUCAUUUAUUUGCUUCUUUCUUUUGUUUAAUAUGUAAUCAGAUGAUUUUGUAUUUGUUUUUGGGGGCAUAUUGGUUUCUUUUAUGUGAUAUUUUCAGUUUCUCUGCCAUUUGUGUCUUUUUUAUGUUUAAUGUUUCAAAUACAGUUUGAAUUAAAAGGUUUUAAAGUACCAAAACUGUAAUGAAUACAGUGGAUUGUUUUCUGUUAUGUUCAUAUUAUACAAUGAAAUGUACAAAGUGUUGUCAAUUUGAUUAUUGACACAUAUAACAUGUUUACAAAUAAACUGUGGUGUUGAUCAA